GAGCGCGUUGCACGAUGCCGAAGGACGGGUUCACGAGGAAUCCCUACCCGGAUCUCAACGUGACCGAGCAACAGCGAGAAGAGCUCAUCGAGCUCGUCAACGGAUGUGUACAGAACCAUUUCCAGAAAUAUGAACAAUUCUUCGUGACAGACCAACACCGCUUGGACGAGCGUCGCUGGGAACAUGUCAAGUCCAAGGAGGAUCUCCAUAUCUACAGCGAGCGUUCUCAGAAGGAUCAGGCACGUAAGGGACUCAUACCGAACAACCCGAUCCAGUUAAGCGAGCACGAGAAGGACAUGGCCGUCAUGAUGACUGUCGGCACUGUAGUAGGCGAGCUCGAGGAUCUCAUGUUCGGGAUUAUCAACACGACGCGGGACACGAUGCGUAUCAAGGCAGCGUACGUAGGAGACGUGGAAAGUGGUGCGAUUCUGUGUCCCGUAGUGGAACCAAGCGAAAAGGAACCUUUCCGGUCGCUAACGGUGAAGUGGAUGGCGACAGAUGCCGCGUUGAAGUCCCACAAAUGUCGAGACUUUGUGGUCAUUGAGGCGACAGAUAUCCUCCAGCUCGAGAACGGCGAGCGCAUCGGCUACCACGUUCUACAUUCUAUCGAAUUCCCGCAAACAAAGCCACUCCCUUAUCUUAUUCGCGGGAAUCUUUCAGCGGUGGCCUUCUACCGACACAUCCACAGCACUAUUAUCGACACGUUUGGGUCGUGUAUCAUCGACCCAGGACAGAAGACGAAGCGAAUGCUCUUCAUGCCAGCAGCAGCGAGCUCAAUGCUCACUGCGACCAACUACGUGCGCUGUGGUCAGCUGAAAAAAGUGGCGUGGAUGUUACAACGUCAGCACGCUGGCUUCAAGCUUCGAGAAGACAACCGACUCCAGAAAGGGUGCGUUAUGUGCGGGAAAAGUAAGAGUAUCCCGGGUAUCGGUAGAAGCACGUGCAAGCUCUGCAGCGGUACCGUGUGCUACUCGUGCAAAGUACGAGAACGAAUGUACUUCAUCGGACAGGAGAACGAGCUCAUUCAGCGAAAGAUCGUCUUCUGCUCGCAGUGCAUGAGCAAGGCCAUCAACUGUAGCACUCAGGAGGCCGCUCAAGACCAAGCAACGGGCUACCACGACUCGUACGAUAGCGCUUCAACGUUCUCGGAGUCUACCUUGUCAGCGUUCUCGGAUUCCUCAUCAGUUUAUCACUAA